AUGGAGGAAGUAAGCGAGGGCUCGGACUCGGACAAGAUCAAGAAUGAUAGUGCUGGGUUUCAUUCGACCACCUCAGGACCGCAGCUGAAACUCAUGACCACGGGUCUUUCUAGCCUUUCUCUCUCAAGGCUGAAUCGUCUUCGUUCGCCAUUGUCUGCAGGCACGAUGUCGUCUUGCUCGGACACGGAAUGGCAGCAACAGAUGCAGAGCUUGGAUGAUCUGUAUGAUGUCACGGAUGAGGACUCCGAGCUGAGCGACGAUUGCACUUCAUUCUCGAGCUCCCGACCGACGAGCCUUACAACUCCCACGACAAGGAAUUCUAUUACCUCGCCACUGAAUCGGAAUCGGUACCCCAGCCUCACAAUACCCUCAUCGACCACGUGGCCCUCGUUACACAAUGCGCCAAAGAGCUCUCCAGUUCCUCCAACGCCGCCGCCGAAGAUACCAGUCUCACCUGCUGCUCUGUCCAUACUUGCGAGAACAGUACCGGCCCUGAAUGCCCCUCCCUCCUUGGAUGGCAGUGUAUCUUCGGACCAGGUCUCCAAUAGCAGCGAGCCAGUAACUCCAGACUUGCAGUCCCUUCCAGAUACUGACUGGAACGCCCCAGAUGUUCAGGUGCGACCGGAAAUGAUAGACAGUCAGCAUGCGGACAUUGAUAGCGAGGGAAUUGACCCCGAAGUUCAAAGCAUUGAGAUAGCCAUUGAGAACCCCGACGAAGAUUGGCAACACGUUCUCGGCAGCUUUCCACCUAUUCCCAGCCAGUCUACGUUGCCGUCGGAUGGUGGUGUUUUUCUCCCUGAAGAUGCCCUCGCAACUUUGAGGCACAUCCCAUUGGGCGGCACACCGGAGCCUUGGUCAGAAACAUCUGCUCAGAACGAAGAGAUGUGGCAGCUCGAGCUACCUGUUGAGCGUCCUCGCAGUGCCGACGAUGCGACUCCAGCCUCAGCCCUCUCCGGAUACAGCUUCAGCGGGCUCAGUAUACCUUCUCCCGGAGGAUUCUUUGCGUCACUUGGUGCUCGAGCUCGUCACACUUGGUCGAUUCCUAGAACUGCUAUGCCGCCCUCUUCUGCCAUCGCGGAAAGUUUCUACAACUUACCCUUUGGUCGCGAUGACGGAGAAGUAGUCGAACAAAUCAUUGAAUAUCCCGAGCGAUGCACCGAGGAGCAAUUAACUGCGACCUAUGUACCCGAGGGGCCCCCAACUGCAAUCAAGAUACCCUCGGAGGCAUCAUCAUUCCCCCUGGAGUAUCAAGACAGCCCUGUGAGCCCUGUAGCGGAUGCAGUGCACGAGAUUUCAAGACCCGCCACCUAUUGCGAAAGCCAGGAUCGUGAUGAAGACUACGAGGAGGAACUGAAAAGAAAGGCAAUGUCAAGUCUGGAUCGGACGAGUGUCUGGUUGGCGGCGCAGCAGACCUAUCUUGCUGCACUCCGAGAAACGAACCCUGUCAACUCCUUGGAGAAUGAAGAGUCGGACGCACUCGAAGGGGUUCGAGAUGAUUGCGAGCAGAACGCCCCUGGGCUAUGUCGCAAAAAAUCUGUCCGCUUCGCCGAGUCCGUAUCUGAAGCAGCCCGACCACCUUCUGCCCUGGCGAGUAAAGACUCGAUCUAUUGGCGAGGCUUCCAAUCGGUGCUUGGGUGUUCGACUCGUCGAGAUAGCUUCAUUCAUAGAAGCACGCGCUUUGACGCUGUGCAGUCAAUUCGAUCAGGUUUGCUCAGCAUGCAUAUCAACUGUUUGCUGGGGAAUUAUGAGCUGGUGCGCCCCGAACGACCUCCCUACAAGGGUCCAUUCUCACAGGCUCCCCGCAAUUCCGUACUUACGUCGGUAUUGGCAGAGAAGGCGCAAUUCUCCAUCCUGGAGAAGGAGCAAUUGGUCUUAUCUCAGCUUCGUCCGCCCAUGUGGGCCAUGGACGCUCUCAGGUACCUUAAUGGCGGCCACCUGGUCACCAGUCCCGCCCGGAGGCGUCUUUCCACAGCAACUGCACAACCCGCGCCUUCCCAGAGACCUAGAGGACGCCGGGUGAGAGUUUUGGACCUGGGCGGACACGCCUCCUGCGAAUGGGCGUGGCAGCUUGCCCACGAUUAUCCCAACGUUAAAGUCUAUACUGUGUUUACUGAGCACCAAGCAGUUAACCAUGGCGUCAAAGGCCCGUCUAAUCAUUGCCAGAUUGCCGUGUCUCAACUUUGGAAACUACCGUUCUCGGACAACAAGUUCGACCUGAUCUCGGCCCGGUCACUGCCUGCCUUGCUGAAGAACGAGCGCCCGGUCGGGGAGACGCAAGAUGAGUACGACCUUUGCCUACAGGAAUGCCGCCGUUGCCUCAAGCCUGGGGGCUAUCUGGAGUUUUUCGUGAUGGACGCCGAGAUUUCCCGCGCAGGAGCGUAUGCCACUGCUGCUUCGGUUGAGUUCGCGUUCAACCUCAAAACUAGGGGAUAUGACCCGUUACCAACAAAGAGCUUUCUCGGACGCUUGCGAACUGGAGGCUUUGUAGGCGUGAAGAGGGCAUGGAUGUUUCUGCCUAUGGGCAUGGAGCCUGUGAAAGCACAACUUCCCAGAGAGACGCCAGACCCUCGAGUCAAGAGCUGGGUCGACGAAUACGAAGCUGUACACGGGCCUGUGGGCAGCACGGCCGACAUCGCGAGCGUGACAGGUCUCUUUGGAGGCUGGAUGUGGGAACAAUGGCUUCUCAAGCUGCAAGUCGAGAUGGGUCGGGAGCGACACCGGUUGCUCGAAGGUAUCGGUAGCGUUUUUGAUGAGGGCCGCAAGAAUGGCGCAGGCUGGACCUGCUUAUCUGGAUGGGCGAUGAAACCGAAACGCAAGAUGCCGCCCUCGCAGCUUUGA